CAAUUGUUCCCAGAGACCUGGCAACAGUCAGAAAACUUCCAGCCCGACCACCCGUAAGACUUGAUACAACUCACAAAAUACAGAGUAUCAUCAUCACAGCAGCCAAGGCUACCCAAAGACGAUAGCGGUCUCACAUUUGACAGCGAGCUUGUCUUUCCCUUGACCUUCACACGCCCAGCCUUCCAGAGUCAUGGAGAAAGUCCAAUACCUCACUCGCUCUGCUAUAAGAAGAGCUUCAACCAUUGAAAUGCCUCAACAAGCACGUCAAAAUCUCCAGAACCUAUUUAUCAACUUCUGUCUCAUCUUAAUAUGCCUCCUCCUGAUCUGCAUUAUUGUGAUGCUUCUCUGAAGUCCCACUGCAACCUCCAAUACACCGUCACCACGUCACUUUCCGGUCAGUCGUCCCAGGAAGAGGGAAACAACACUGGGUAACAGACCGCUUUCUGCAUGGAAGAAUUUCUUUGUGAGGAGGUCAAGAGUCAGACCAAAACAAAUCGCCAGCAAAGGUACUCACCUGCUGGAGCUUGUAAAUAUGAUCAGUGCUUUGACUGCAAAAACUAACUGUAAAAUGACUAUUAUGUAAGUGUGCAUAAUGUCACUAUUUAUAUCCUUGCCAUGACUUGUAAGGUUCUGUCCCAAAUCUUUCCCGAGGAUAGAGUAGGUACUGAGCUUUGAAACUGCACUGCUAUCAAGUUCACUUCGGAUAUUCUGUAUUAACUUCACUGUGCGGAACACACAGAAAUUAUGUCACAUAAUAAAACACCUUCAUAAUAAUUGUUCAAGUCUUCAACAAAGGACAAAAUAACAAUACAAAUAAAGUCUCAUUAUUAAGAAUAACCUUUAGUAGUGCUUCCAUUCUAAAAUAGAAGUUGUAUUAUUUACCUAUACGACCACAAAGCUCUAUAAGAAUCAAGUAGGAAAAAGUAAAACUGUACUCUUGCAUAAAUAAAAUUCCUCCUGAAUAAUUUUCCAAAGAAGAACUAUAGUACAUGUAGGUAAACCAUAAAUCUGUUCUCCCUAGAUUUUAUAAUCAACAAAUGUGAACUGGUAGUAAUUUAAUAUCUGAGUUUGAUUAGCCAAAAUUACUAAUAAUUUAAUAGACUCUAAGCUUAAUUUAAAGCACUACUGUUGAUUAUCUGAGUUACCACAUAUAACAUGCCAUGAAAGCGUAGAAUUUAAGAAUGAUGUUAUGGAUCAUCAUUUAUACCAACCUCAGUCUAAGAAGAGAAAAGAAUGAAGACUUCCAAUGACAGAAAAAAAUCUAUUAACUUCAAGCAUCAAAAAGCUUCUUUUUUCUUUUUUUGCAUUCUCACUCAAGUUAUUAACAAAUUAUUUGAGUACAUUUUAAAAUGAUAGCUUUUGGCCCAGGUGUUGUUUAUAGUUCCAAGACCUGGCAAUGCAGUGGUUAAGCCCUCAACUGCUACCUGAAAGGAAAGGUAGGUUUCGAACCCACCCUGGAGAAAACUGUGGCAGGCUGCUUCCAUAAGGUUGCUAUGAGUCAGUCUACUCAACAGUGGGUUUGGUUUUGAUGAUAGCUGAUAAAACAACAGCUAUUUUCCUGAACUAUUGACUAGAUGAUAAAUACCUACCUAAAUAUUUAUCUGAGAAGACAGUAAUAUAGUUUCAAAUGAAAAGGCUGUUGAAUAUAUUGUCACAUCCCAGGCUGGUAGAUUGCAGUUUUAUCAUUACUUCUCACAUACCUUUCUUUGUUCUAUUAAAAAAGAUAGAUUUUUUCACUCCAAAUUAUAUUGUCUUAGUUAUCUAGUACAGAUAUACCCAAAAUGCCACAAGUGAAUGGGUUUAACAAACAAAUAUAUAUUCAAAAAAACUACCUAUUUCAUAGGCCAUUCUAUAAUUCGGCUUAAUUUUGACCCAACAAUCCAAAUCUGUAAUUCUUUUCUUCCUUUACAAAUUUCUGCCGCAUUAUUUGAAAACUUCUCCCCACAACUAAUAAAAUGAGCACUAAAUAAAAAUUGGUCUUGGAAAAAUAUAUUCCACAAUAUUAAGCAGUUGACUCCGUUUAAAAUUAAGACUACACCUCUUUACCACUAUAAUCUAACAACCUUUCAUGGCAGUUCAAAACAUGUUACUAAUAUCAUUUAACAAAGGAGUAGAUAAUGUAUGAUUUACCAUGUUGUAUUCUAAAAUAUGGUUACUGAAACAAUUGAAACAUCAAUGCUGAUCUUGGUUUCUAGAUAAAUGUUGCUAACUAAAUACUGAUGGAAGCACUGCUCUUAAAUUCCCUGAUGGCAAGAGAUGUCCUCGAGAAGGGAAGCACAGUGGUCUUUGCUCAUUAAUGUAAAGAAAGAGGGAAAUGGGUUGUUGGGAGGUUUUUUGUUGGUGAUGGUGGUUUUUAAGCAAAGCCUCCAGCUAAUUAACAAACCACUAACCAAACCUGGAGAGCUUGUAAAUAAUGUCACUUUGCUCCGCAAUCACCCAAGGGAGAAAAAAAAGUCACGUAACUCUAUAGUAGAUAAAUUGACCUUCAAAAUAAAUAGGACAUUUGAAAUAGUUUCCUUUUUUAUUUCACUGUUCAUUACAACAUCUGUCCAAACUAUUAUUAACUGUGAUUUUGUGGGUCUUUCCUCAGUAUAAUGAAAUAGAUAUUUUUGGGAUUUUUUUCUUAUCAUCUGAUAGAAAUUUCAACCUUCUAUUUUGAGGCGUAUAGAAUACUAUUACUCAGAUUAUGGUAUAGAGCAAAAGUCAUUCUUUAAAUGGGACUUAAAACUUCAGUUUCUCCUGAUGUACAAAGAGUUAAGAUCAUAAAAGCAUUUAAAGAAUUUUAAAUACCAAAUGCUCAAAUAAUUUCUACUUUAGAAUAAAUGCUAAUCUUAAUUUAAAGUAUAUUAAAAUAAUUUUUAAAUGUUCAUUGUGGCCUUUUAUAUUUUACUUGGUUAAAAAAGGAACACUGUUAAUGCAAAUUAUCAGUAUCACUCAUGAGAAUGCAUGUUCUUGAGCACAAUGGAAUUGUUCUGUAAUACACUCGUAUUGUUAAUAUGACUAUAUAAAAAUCUAAUUACAAGUAGUUUUGACUUUA